AUGACGUCUCUCUCGUCGUCCUGUACGUCACUCCCUGCCUCAGGUGCUCCGAAUCUUCAGCAAGCCUCUCUUUGCAAGAUCCUGACGCGUCGUUCCAUACGUGUUUGGUCGUCUAAAUCGUCCCAGGAGCGUCGCAAUUUAGCCGAGAAUCUCUUUCAGCUUUUUUCCAGUAGUUCGUCAUCUUUUAUCACUUGUAACACGAUUGAAAUCACUCCAAGACUGAUUACACGUCGUCCAGGUGUAGAAGAGAUCAAAAAGUGUGUUUUGACCAAUGUGUACCCAUGUUUACCACCUCAGUGUGAUGUUUUACGUGGAGAGAUUUGGCAAGUGUUACUUAACGUGUAUAAACGUAAUCAACAUGGUUCUGCUGCUCUGGAAUUCGAUCGGAUGCUCCAGAGACUUGGAAAAUUACCUCGAGAUCCUUUAUUAUGUGAUGAAUGCAGUGAUGUGGCAGAAAUUCUUGAACCAAUGGACUUGAAAGCCCGAGAUCGAGUCCAACAAGAACUUGAGGUGUUAUUGAUGUGGUUCAUGACGACGAAAAGUGUCGCGUAUUAUACAGGCAUGGCUCGAGUGGUGGCAUCUUUUUUUGUACUAAAGAUGCCGUUACCGACCAUUUAUGACUGUUUUUAUCAGUACUGUGCUCAUUUUUUGCCCCAUUUUGUUGUUGCAGACAAUGUGGGGACCGAUAAUAUCGGAAUGAGUAGUACUGGAGGAAUGGAAAGUAAUCGAGGAAGUUAUGGGAGUAUGGAGGAAGUUUAUACAGGAGACGUGAUGGAGAGAUCGAGUUCAAUGGAUUCGACGUCGUCGCUGGAAGAGAAUAAACGACGUGUGGACGAGGAAGAGACACAGACAUUGAAACGGGAGCGACAACAAUUGGUUGAACAGUUAUUGAGUUAUCAUGCACCACAACUUGCUCAUUGUUUGAAUCAAUGGUGUGGCAAUGAGUGGAGUGUAGCAGGCAAAUUGUUUGCUGCUGAUUUUUUGCUUGGACAUUUGUACCAAGUUGUACCACCAGCUGCAUUCGUGUACGUAAUGGACCAAUACUUGUUGACAAAUGACUCGUUCUUUGGACUCUUUGUCGUGGUGGCAGCGUUGAUUCAGCAAGAAGACGUCCUUUUAGAUUGUGGAUCGAGUGAAGAAGUACAAGAGCAGAUUCGUGCGACGUUCGAUACAAAAGCGUUUGCUGAUGAAGAAAAUGUCCGCUUCCUGUGUUUUUUGGCGUCUCGUUUGCGUGGUAAGACACCCAAGAGUUACAAGUGCUCGCAGCGUGAAGCUACAAUUGAUAUCAGAUGCUCUUCACGUCAAGCGAUCGAGAUUGCUUAUGGUUCCGUUCCUGGUGUGGCUGCUAAAAAGGUGCGGUCUCAGCCCCGUAACGGAAGCCUGAGUGGGCCGCCUUCAGGUGGCCUCAGUGCACCAUCAACCUCGGAUCGGAAAUCCACUGCGGAAGCCGCAGUGGAUAUGUCGCAGUGGGUAAUGAAAGAGUCUCGCUCGAUCGCGGGCAAAAUAUUCUGGUACCACAAGCAGACUGGAAAAACUCAGUGGGAACAUCCAGCUGAGAAACACGAUCCACCAUCAGCUUAUUUUGCGCUGCCUAUCAGUGUCGAGGAAGUGGGUGCACAGCUCAUGGGCGGUGGGGAGAGGUCUAGCGAUCAGCAGCAAUCUCCAGGAAGUGGGAGUCCUCGCUUUUUUGUUGUCGAUUGCCGAGGUUUACGCAGCUCCGAAGACCUAAAGAGUGGUCGUAUUCCGGUGGCGUAUACCCUGGAUCCUUCUGUCUUUGAUUCACCGGAGCUGAUAGCAAAGAGCAUGGAAGCUUUUAACCCCAUGAAGUCUCAGGUCCACGUCGUUCUAGUCGGUCAUGGAGUUGGUAUUCCUCCAGAGCUAGCUACAUCUGAAGACGUUAAAACGAGCAUCCGUGACGCUGUUCACUUGGACACUGACUGCCUUAACCAGGCCGCGAUGUUCUUCCAAAAGCGUGGGUUCCGCUUUGUGAGUACUUUGGAUGGAGGCUAUUCGUCCUGGCACGCAUUUAUGCGUGACCGCCCGGGUUCCUCACCACAGGAAUUAUUGAACCAUAUAGCUGAUCAGUGCGUGUACUGCCGAUACGAUACGAUCUUACGCACGGGUCAGGAUCCGUUGAAGAAAAAGUCAAAGCAAAAGAAGCCGCGACGCAAAAAAGCGAUGCCAACUACAACGUCGAUGCCUGUGAACGGUGGGAAUGGCGACGCGAGCAUUAUCUCGACAAGCGACCUCAACCGCACAAAAAAGACCAGCGUUGACAGUAAUGGCACGCCUAGUGUUAGACGUCAGCUGUCCCUUCCACGGAACUCAAUAACGUCGAUGAGGAGUAAGUUAUCCGAGGUGUCAAUCCCAAAGAAGUGGGGGUGGAGGCGACGGUCCUCGGGUGCCGCGAGUAACCAAAACGACAGUAGCUCAUCAUCUGAGACGGCGACGGCAGAAGAUGGCGGCAGUGACCACGGUUCGUCCGUGGACGACCAGGAAGACAAAGAUGAUGAAGCGACGCACGAAAUACUUCGUUCUGCACUCGAAGGAAUUAAGGAUCUGGACGUGGAAGCUGACGCAGAUAUCGAUGCUACGGAUUCCAAGUUUGUGGGCGUCUUCACCAUAGACUAUAGCGACGAUGAAAAUGAAAUCGAAGACGAAGACAGCAAUAAGGAACACGUGACUGAGCUUGGUGAUGUCACUGAUGUAGACGUGUCGAAGGUGUUAGAGCACGGGACGGUUGCUGGAUCCGGUGUUGUUUUAGGAGCUGAGACUGAACCAAUGGCACUGGCAUGA